CCGAGUUAGCACCAUGAGAGAGAGAUAGAAGAAACGCGUAUUUUUUCACAUGUAUCCACUAUUCACUGAGGGGCAUAUCCAUCUCAUUCCUACCGUGAUUUUCCACCAGUUCACUUCUACUCUUGUGCUCAUUCACACACACACAUAGAAGUACACACGAGAAAUACAUACAAAAGUUGAUCUCGACAAACUCUCCCUUUUUCGCAGGGACGCAUUCAUUCACUGCCAAGUUUUUUGGAACCUUGAGUUCAAACAAACAAGCCGGAAAUUUCACUCGGUGAAAAAGAAAAGAGAUCUCACACAAAUUGAAAAUUGUUCCAAGAAAAGGAGAAAGAAAAAGUAAGUUACGAGUGGUAAACCUGAAAAAAAAAGUGAAGUCAAGACUUUGAAAAGUUCAAGAUGCGACGGGCAAGUCAAGACCGCUCAGAGGCAGGUCGGAAGAGGAGCAUGGAGUGGGUGAGGCGUGGAUCCAUGGAGGUCACCAAAUUGGGGCCGAAGCACAUUGUGCCUACUGAACGAUGCGGUCCACUCAGCGUUUAUGUCCAGGGCGAUCUUUCUCAACAAGACAAGCGAGCUGUUUUCUUAACUGUUCACGACUUGGGAUGCAAUCAUACGUCGUUCCAUGACUUUGUCGAGCAUCCAUGCAUGCUCGAGAUCAAGGAUCGUUCCGUGUUUAUCCAUGUGGACAUCCCGGGACAAGAGGACAACUCCGCAGAUCUUUCGGACGAUUUCCAUUUUCCAACUAUGCAAAUGAUCGGUGAAGACUUGGUCACGGUUUUGGACUUUCUCCACAUUAAAUAUGUGAUCGGUUUGGGCGAGGGAGCCGGAGCGAAUAUUUUGCUGCGUUUUGGAAUGGCUCAUGCAUCACGAUGCUUGGGCCUCAUCUUGGUCAAUGUCACUGCUGGGAAAACGUCUGUCAUGGACUACUUUAAAGAUAAAUUUAUGAAUUGGAAGCUUGGAUCAGUGGGUCACAACCCCAGCACUGAGCAGUAUCUUGUAUUCCACAAGUUUGGACAUAAAGUUGAAGAGCAACUGGAAAAUGACGUUGAUGUCGUGAAAGACCGAGAAAAGACGAUUCUCGACUACCAGGCCAAACUCCGAUCUGCAAUCAACGCCAAGAAUUUGAAGUUGUAUGUCAACGCUUUCCUCAACCGGAAAGAUAUCACUGGAGCGCUGGAGAAAAAUCUGAAGAUUGACACCUUGCUCUUGGCCGGAGCUAAAGGUUCAUACGGCUCCACUGUGGGACAUCUUCACACUUUGAUGGACAAGCAGAAGACCCAACUGCUGAAAAUUGAUGACGUUGGUGACGUGAUGAACGAAGCUCCGGAGAAAGUGGCCCAGAGUAUUUUGCUCUUCUGCAAAGGUCAAGGUCUUCUGACAUCCGUGGCCAUGCCGGGCAUUGAGCGAACAAGAACUUGUUCCGGCGGAGAGCCUGACGGGACGCCAGCGCAGCUCUUGCGCCAGAGGACAAUGAGCAUGGAGGAAUAUGACAAACCCAACAUCCGCCGACUCUCCAUCACCACCAUCCAGCAAAAAGAGUAGGUGGGGGUGGAUUUAGUGGGGGUGUGGAUUUCUUAUCUACUACAACAUCAACAACUACUAAAACUACCACAACAACUACUACAUACACUGUUGCUUCUUGAAUUUAAAAUACACCAUACUACUUGUUUUUUUUAUUUAUUUGAUGGAUUCUACUACCGCUACAAGUGCUAGUUCAAUACGUACAACAAUUGAUUGACGAAAUAGAGAGAGGUUUUUGCAUAUAAACAAUCAACAGUCGGCGGGAUGAUGCAGACGGUGGGGGUGACCGGAAGAAGGAGGAUACUACACACAUAUAUAAAUACAUAAAUACAUCGUAGUUAACUAAAUAGCGUACUGAAAAAAACUCUGCCUCCAGAGAUGAGCAGCUACAUAUAAAUACAUACAUACAACAAUUAUGUACCCAAUUUACUUCAAAAAUGCAUCAUCUUACUAUAAAAAAUCAAACCCAUACAUAGAUUGAUAAUAACGAUAAUAAUAAUAAUAAUAAUCCUAAAAAUACAGAGAGACUCGUAGUUUCGUACAUGCAUAAUAUCAUCAAUACCGAUACCGAUCGACUAGAGAAACAUUACUUGUUGUUGUUAUUAUUAUCUCUCAAAAUUUUAGUCAACAUACAUAAGAUGACCCGCAGCUAACUAAAUAUUUGUAGCCAGCUGUGUAUAAAAAAGUUAAUUAAUUAUUUACCUGCUUAAAUUUGCAUCUGUCUAAUUCGCCAGAUAAAAAAAAGGAAGAAGCGCUGUUUUAAUUCUGACCCUCAAAAUUUACCUGCAAACUGUAAUAUUUUGAUUCAAUUUUAUAUUUUUGUUCUUUUGUAGUAGAAGCAGACCAAGAAUUUUGUUGUCUUGUGUGUGGUAAUUUUAAGCGAUUAAAUAAUUAAUUACUUACUUACCGCCACACACACCGCUGCAAUUUUCACGUUAUAACGAUAAUAGUAAACAAAGAAAAAAAACUGUACCGAAAAUACUUUAAAGAAGAAAAAAUCAUGAUUUCCAUUUACUAAAGAUAUAAAAAACACACAACAGCCUGAGAUGCAAAUUUGCCUGAAAGUAUCUUAUUUAGAGACAUUUAUACAUUAGAAGACUAUCUAUGCAUCGUUAUCUUUGUUAAUAAUAUUGCAAAAAAAUAUGUAAUCUUAAAUUAAUAAAGAACUAUUAUAGUGUUCCAGUUGAAA